AUGGAGGCUUCUCAGAUCCCAUCCAUUGCAGUGAUCGCCUCGUCGCGCGCCGUCAUCUCCGGCCGUUUGACAUCAGCCACUAUUGUCAUCUCUCGCACCACCGGCAAGAUCACGGCUGUCUUUGAUUCGGUGAUCCCGGCUUCUGAUUUCCCUGCUGGCACCCCCUAUACUGAUUAUUCCCCCCACGUUCUGCUCCCCGGUCUGGUUGACGCCCAUGUCCACCUGAACGAGCCGGGCCGCACCGAAUGGGAGGGCUUCUACACCGGCACCCAGGCGGCCGCUUUUGGCGGUGUCACCACGGUCAUCGACAUGCCCCUGAAUGCUAUCCCUCCCACCACCACGGUGGCCAACUUCAAGGAGAAACUCCGUGCUGCCCAAGGGAAGUGCUGGGUUGAUGUCGGUUUUUAUGGCGGCAUCAUCCCCGGCAAUGCCGGCGACUUGAAAGCCCUUGUCCAGGAGGGUGUUCGCGGCUUCAAGGGCUUCCUCAUUGACAGCGGAGUCGACGAAUUCCCCGCCGUGUCUUCCGAAGACAUCCGUAAGGCCAUGGCUGAACUAGCGGAUGAGCCUACGACGCUCAUGUUCCACGCCGAGAUGCUGCCGCCCUCCACUGCAGCCGAGGAGAAGGACCAAGCUCUCGAAGGUCCCGCAGAGGCGUAUUCGACUUUCCUCGCAUCCCGUCCGUCGGCCUUCGAAACUUGUGCCGUGGAGGAGAUCAUUACCCUGUCUCAGGUGGCCCCCAAGCUCCCCCUCCACAUUGUUCACCUGUCUGCCAUGGAAGCCAUCCCUCUGUUGCGCAAAGCUCGCGCGGAUGGCGUCCCUAUCACUGCGGAGACCUGCUUCCACUACCUGUCCUUAGCGGCCGAGGAGAUCCGGGAUGGAGACACCCGCCACAAGUGUUGUCCGCCCAUCCGUUCCCAGUCAAACCAGGACGCUCUUUGGGAUGAGUUGGAGCGCCAUGCGGAAGAUGGCGUGAUUCAGACUGUUGUCUCAGACCACUCCCCCUGCACCCCUGAUCUCAAGCUCCUACCAUCGCACGGUAGCUUCCUUUCCGCCUGGGGCGGUAUCUCCUCAGUGGGCCUCGGCCUUCCCAUCCUGUGGACGGAGCUUAGCCACGAAACCACGACCCAACAGGCCCUGCAGGACGUUGUACGACUCUGCUGCACCAACACGGCCGUCCAGGUUGGCCUGCAGCACCAAAAGGGCGACCUGGUUCCCGGCCACGACGCCGACAUUUGUGUCUUCGAUGACACCGCGGAAUGGAUCGUCGAACCCAGCACCAUGCUCUUCCGCAACAAGUGCUCACCGUACCAGGGCCGCAAGCUUCGUGGAAUGGUCCGCGAGACCUGGCUGCGUGGCGAGAAGAUCUUCAGUCGCGACGAUGGCUUCAGCACCAAGACGCCCUCCGGCGGCCUGCUUCUCGAGAAGCGUGCUUGUUAA